GCAUUUAUAAAGACAUGUCAUUCACCAGUGCGAAAUAGUGUCUACAUGGAUCUUGUCCCAACACACUCUGUUAAUCACUAGCUGACUAGACAACAUGAUGAACUGGAGACGUAAAUCCUAUUUGUUUCAGUUUGUGUCUUUAGUCUUGUGUUCGGAGCGGAUACUCGUAGCGGGUGAAAACUUUACGUUUACUGGAAAGAGCAUUGCUGAUAGUAAGAGUGAUCGCGCGGAUGAUGAAUUAGGUGUGGACCCCGGCUUUGAUCUUUUCUUUGCUUCUAAUGACCGGGAAAUGGAAAAUGUUCCAAUUUACUUCGCCGAACCUCUACCAUCUUGGUUAAAAGGCACAUUGAUUCGGAACGGACUCGGGAAGUAUGAAAUUGGCGGCCGGCGUUUCACGCAUACGUUUGAUGCAUUUGCCAAGCUCAGCAGUUGGAAAUUUCCCGGCAAUGGCAGUAUUUUCUUUUCCACAAAAUUCCUCCAAAGUGAAUUUUACACAGAAUCUAUAAAACGCAAUGACAUUGCUCCCUAUCUCUUGUUUGAAUCCGUCAAUCCACCAUUCAAUAUGAUACAAAGAUUAGAAGCAUUGGUACGGGGUAUUGACAAUAUGAAUGUGAACGUUUAUAAGUUUGGAAACGGUGAUGUGGUAGCCUUGAAUGAUUUCUGGAAAGUCUAUAAAAUAGCACCUAGUUCGUUGAAAACUCUUUUUUCAGUGUCAGCCCCUGUCAACAUGCAGAAAACCCCAUCAACAUUUUCGUUUCUAAAUUUCCUCUCCUCUGCACAUCCGCUACCGGAAAUGGGAACUGCCAAUCAUUUGACAUACUUGUCGAGUGUAAAUAUCAUUCCGGGUUUGAAAAGCAAAAUAUCACUUGUCAGAAUCAAAUCGUCUGAAGAGAGGGACAUUAUUACCUCUUGGGAGGUGGACCGCAUUCCUUACAUGCAUUCGUUUGCUGCAACCGAACACUACGCCAUAUUCUUUGCAUGUCCAUAUUAUAUCAAUGUAGAGAAAAUGGUUCAGUAUGCAAUUCCAGAAAAAGCGUUAGACUGGGAACCCGACACACCAACAACUCUAUAUGUAGUGCACAUUAAAUCUGGAGAAGUGUACACUUUAAAAACGGAAAAUGUUUUUAUGAUGCAUCAGAUUAAUGCUUUUGAGCAGGACAGUUCGAAAAUCAUCGUUGAUAUUUCGUCAUACAGAAAUCCGGACUUCGUAAAGAAUUUAGAAAUAAAGAAUUUAUUAGACCCAGUAAAACGGAACCAGUUUGACACAAGGGCAUCUGUAAGGCGAUAUUCCAUUGAUAUUGACUCAUUAACGGUGACAUGGAAAACAUUCGAGGACUCCCGAGAAGCACCGUGUGCGUCGGCCCUGGAUCUCCCAUCAAUAAAUGAAAACUUUCGAUAUCGAUCGUAUUGCUUUGCGUAUGGUGUGGCUUUGAAAUGCAACAACAAAUCUCUGAGUGAUAUAGCUCUGGUCAAGAAAGACCUAUGCGGCCGUGGGCAGGAUAAAAUGUGGAAAAUAACCAAUCAUUAUGUCGUGGAGGCGUGGUUUAUCCCGACUCCAGGGGGGAGCGACGAGGAUGAUGGUUAUCUUGUUCUUCCGGUGUUGAACGGAGAGAAAAAGUACAGUUAUCUGGCUUUUCUGAACGCACGCACUAUGGAGAUUGUCAAUUCCGCCGAGCUCCCUACCAUUGUGCCCUUUAAUCUUCACGGACGUUUCUUCCAAGAUUUGAUAUAAUAUAUUCAGUCACGUGAAUUUUUUUUUCAUAUCUUCAUAAUGUAUUGUGUGAAUUAUUUUGCAUAUAGUUUUCCUUUUAUUAAAAUGAAUAUACGUGUAUAUAAUUUGUAAGCUUUUCAUGAAAAUAUUUUGUACGUUUUUAUGAAAAAUGUUUUGUACGUUUUUAUGAACUAUUUAUAAAUGCUAUGCUAUU